AUGGAUCUAUCUGAAAUUCGUAUUCUUCUAUUAGGUGAUGAUAAUGUUGGUCGAACAUCAUUAAUUUAUUCUCUUGUUAGUGAAGAUGUAGUUCCAAUUAAUUCAAAUUUAAUGGGUGAUUCUAUUCGUCCGACAACUGAUGAUAUUUCAAUACCACCUGAAGUAACUCGAGCACGUGUUCCAACUGUUAUUAUGGAUUAUUGUGGUCGUCAACCAAUGUCACCUGAUGAAAUCGAUGAUUUACUUUUACCAAUGGAAUGUCCAUCACCUAAUCCUUUACUCCAAUCGUCUCGUUCUCUCUACUCAUGUAUUCGUCAAGCAAAUGUUAUAUGUCUUGUAUAUGCAUUUGAUAGUCGUGAAUCUCGUGAUCGUUUAUUAACUGUUUGGCUUCCUUUGAUUGAUCGUAGUGCAACAACAAUUCCUAUAAUACUUGUUGCUAAUAAAUGCGAUUUAAUUGAUGACAUUAAUGAUGAAAAAAAUAAUAUCAAUCAUGAAAAUCGAGAAUUUUUUCGUUCAACAAUGUUGAAGUAUUCUCGUGUUGACGCCUGCAUUGAAACGUCAACACGAACAAUGAAAAAUAUAUCGGAAUUAUUUUAUUCAGCACAAAAAUGUGUUUUAUAUCCAAUAAAUUAUUUACAAGAACAAAAUAAAUUAACAAAACGUUUUAAGCAAUGUUUAAAAAGAAUAUUUACAAUAGCUGAUCAAGAUAAUGAUCAAUUACUAAAUGAUUUCGAAUUAACAACUUUACAAGACUUUUGUUUUGGAAAAAUUCAAACUAACGAUGAAAAAACAACAAUUGAACAAUUGAAAAAAGAAAUUAAACGAAGAACAACACAUGGAAUUAAAGUUGUUAAUGAUCAAAUACGUGAAACAGUAACAACAGCUCUAACAUAUCAAGGUUUCGAGUGUUUAUUUGAAUUAUAUUUAAAUAAAGGAAAAUAUGAAACGAUUUAUACAACAUUAGAACGAUUCAGUUAUAAUCGAAAACUUGAAUUAUGUGUACCAAAUGCUCCUGAAGAUCUUAGCGGUGAAUUAUCUCCAUCGGCAGUUGAUUACUUAACUCGAUUAUUUCGUCGUUUCGAUAGUGAUAAUGAUUCAUGUCUUACGCUAAAUGAAUUGAAUCAAUUAUUUGAAUCAUUAAUUGAUAUUAUUCCACCUAUAUCUUCAUCAUUAGCAAAUAUAAAACAUUGUAUUUAUCUUCGUUUAGUAUCAUCCUCAUCAAAAGCUUCACUUUUAACGUUAUCCGGAUUUCUGGCUCAAUGGUUUUUCUUAGCUCAUAGUCAACCAUCACUAACCUAUUCUUAUUUAUUUCAAUUGGGUUAUUCAUAUUCAUUGUCGACUAAUGAUGAUAUUAGUUUACCAUCUCGUAUGACAUAUAUAUGUCAUGUAUAUGGGAUGCCUGAAUCUGGUAAAAGCUCAUUUUUAAAAAGAUUUGUUUCAUCAACAAUAUAUCAAGUGCGCAAUUCAUCAGAUUUAGCAGAAAAAUCCAAUAAUAAAACGAAAGCAUUUUUUUCUUAUGACUACUUAUCAAAAUCUCCUUGUAAACAAGUCAAAUCCUAUGCAAUUGAUUUUGUACGUGUACUAAAUGAAACGAAGUGUUUAAUACUUGAAGAAUGUCAUGCGAAUGAAUUAGAUGAAAAAAUUCUUUUUAAAAAUGCUAAUGUUAAUUGUUUUCUUAUUGAUCGUACACAUCCACGAGCAUUUUCAAAUGUUGCAACUAUUUAUCUGCAACAACAUGUUUAUCCACGUUUACCAUGUUUAUUUAUUUUAACAAAAGCUGAUCAACCAUCAAUUAAACAAGAUUAUCCAUUGCCGAUUGAAUUCUUUUGUCGUCAACAUAAAAUUCCUCUACCGAUUGAUUAUUCAUCUGUAACAACAGUAUCUAUCUAUUCGAAUAAUAAAGAUAAUAAUCAACAAUUAACUACAACUACAGAACAAAUGUCACAAUCAUGGUUUACAAAUUUACUAUUUCGGUCACAAAAUAAUUCAACACGAAGUUUAGAACCAUAUUCACCACGAGGUGAUAAAACACGACAUCUAGAUGACAUAUAUGUUCGUUUAGGAUAUUUAUGUGUUUAUCCAAAAUUAAAUUAUUUUACUAAUUCAACCAAUGACUUUUAUAAUACCGAUGCUUUAUUAAAAUACUCAUUGUAUGCAAGCGUUGUUACUUUAGGACUUGUAACAGUUGCUAGAAUGUUUCGAUAA